AUGCUCACUUUAACUUCAAACACGACUACCACUCGGCUGAUCCGGUCCAUCACCCGCCCCCUGGGCCUGGUGCCGACAAUGGGCGCUUUGCACGAGGGGCACCUGGCCCUGGUACGGAGGGCAAGGCAGGAAAACCCCUUCGUUGUUGUCUCUAUUUUUGUAAAUCCCACCCAGUUCGGACCCCAAGAGGACCUGGCAACCUACCCCAGGGACACGCGACGAGACCUGGCCCUCCUGGAAGCAGAGGGCGUUGACCUGGCCUACACUCCGGGACCGGAAGAAGUGUAUCCGAAGGGUUUCGACACCUGGGUGGAGCCGGGGGCGUUGGCGGAGCGGUUGGAAGGGGCGGUAAGGCCCGGGCAUUUUCGCGGAGUUGCCACGGUAGUUGCCAAGCUGUUCAAUGUGGUUGGGCCAGACCGGGCCUACUUCGGGCAGAAGGACGGACAGCAACUUGCGGUGAUCAGGCAGAUGGUGCAAGACCUGAACAUGAGGGUUGAAAUUGUGGCUGUGCCGACAGUCCGCGAUGCCGAUGGUCUGGCGCUCAGCAGCCGCAACGCCUACCUGACGCAGGCGCAGCGCCGGGCAGCGCCGGUAAUUUACCGGGCACUGUCAAAGGCAGAGGAACUGUGGCAGGGCGGCGUAACUAACUCGGAAGCGCUGCGGGACAGUGUCCGGGCAACUUUGGACAGCGAACCCUCGAUUGAUGGAAUUGACUACGUGAGUGUGGCUGAGGCUACAACGCUGGCAGAACUGGAGCAGGUCAACGCACCAGCCAUGGUAUCGACCGCGGUUCGGCUGGGGAGUACUCGAUUAAUUGAUAAUGUCCUUCUUGGCUGA